AAUCACUAUCUGGUGGCUCCUCUUCCUAAGCUUACCAACUCAUUCCACAUAUUAGAGGAAGAGGAUCACAAUGAAGGAUACAUUAUAGAGGCUCAUCCUCCCUCUCCUCUUGCAACUAUUGAUGAUACUCUACCAGAUUUUACACUUACGUCCGGGGUUCCAAAAAAGCUGGUAAAAAAGCAGCUAAAGCAGCCAGGAGCCUUUCAAACUCCAAACUCAAAGGGAAGUCCUAAAUCCUUUGCAUUUCAUUUACUUAAUAAUCAUUCUUAAGAUUUCUAUGCCUAUACACUGUGAUUUGGGGUUCAUAUUGUUUGUGUGAACCUUUUUGUAUACUGCAAGUUUAAUUUUUGCACUCUUGGGGCAUCUAACAGUUGGGAAUUAGGACUUUCUUUAUGUUGUAGUUGCAGCUGUGCAUAUGUUAGCUUUAUUUUUAUUGUUUUAUUUUGUUCCUAUGUCUUGCGCCUCGAUAUUUUUGAUGCAUAUAGCAGUUUGGGUAGUAUGGUUAUGUCAUUCUUAUGACCAAUGGUACUUGGGGAUUCUGUCCCUGGCCCUUUUUGGUUCGUGGGCUCUUUUAGCUACUCCUUGUCUUAUUGGUUUUAUAUGAUGAAUACACCCCUACAUUUUGGUUGUUGGAAUCUCAGGGGAUUAAAUGAUCCCCUUAAACAAAGUGAGGCCAGGAAAUGGGUCAAAAACAAUAAUUUUUCCCUUGUGGGGCUCAUUGAACAUAAGAUCAAGGAACCCAAGGCUCAAAAGAUUGUGAACAUUAUGUUUCCUCAUUGGCAUUCUGCCAAUAAUUUUGCACAAGCCCCUCUUGGUAGAAUCCUACUGUGUUGGGACCCGCUGAUUCUCGCAAUUCAAGUUCUUGCACAGUCAAGUCAAUUUAUCCAUUGUGAUGUGCUGCAUGUGCAUGCUUGUGAUGGAAGUUUUGAUUUUGUAGCUACUUUUAUAUAUGCGUCUAAUAGCUAUUUGGAAAGGCAUGUCCUUUGGCAUGACAUUCAACAACUCCAUUGUGUGUCACCUUGGAUAGUGCUUGGUGAUUUUAAUGGCAUUAAGUCCCCUUCUGAAAAGGUAGGGGGCGACAGGAAAUAGCUUCCUUGGAUGGAUGAUCUAAGUAACUGUCUCCACAUAGCUGAAUUGGAUGACCUUAGGUACUCAGGCUGUCAGUGUACAUGGUUUAAUAAGUAGAGUCCUGAUGCUACAAUCUCCAUCAAGUUAGACAUGGUUCUCUAGUUAAUGAAAACUGGAUCAAAUCUUUCUACUGGUCCAAUGCUCAUUUUCUAUCCCCUGGUGUGUCUGAUCACUCUCCUGCAGUUGUUUACCUUACUCCUGCCCCUAAAACUGCUAAGAAGCCUUUUAGAUUUUUUAAUUGCAGACCAUCCCCAAUUCCUAGCAAUUGUUCAGCAGGUUUGGAGGAGGAUAGCGAUAGGGAAUCAAAUGUUCUUUGUUCGCGAAAAGCUCAAGUUACUACAAAUUGAGUUCAAAAAGUUAAACACCAGCAAUUUCAUUGACAUAUCUGUUAAGUAUUGGAAGCUAGAAAGGAGCUGGAAAUUGUUCAAACUAAGCUUGGAACUGAUCCUAGUGACUUUUCCAAUCAAACCAAGGUGUUGUGCAAACAAUACCUUACUCUUGCUAGAGUUGAGGAUAGUUUUGCACGUCAAAAGUCCAGGAUUUGAUGGUUAAAAUUAGGAGAUCAAUGCACCUCUUUCGUUUUCGAAGCUGUUAGCAACUCCAGGAAUUGAAAUAGGAUCACUAGCUUCGUGCUUGGUGAUGGUACUAUCACUCUUAUCAAGACCACCUUUGUUGACUUAUAUACAAAGCUCUUGGGUACUCAGCAUUCCAGUCCAUACUCUGGUACAUCAAGAGUUCACCAACUUGUGAAUAGGAGGCUCACUUCUGAACAGAGUAUGGAGAUGGUAUUUGGAGUCACUCAUAAAGAGAUUAAGGGCACUUUUUGGUCUCUUAAUCCUCAAGAAGCCCCUGGCCUUGAUGGUUAUGAUGCUGGGUUCUUUCAUAAAUCCUGGUCCAUUGUAGGACAGGAGGUCACUGCGGCUAUUAAAAUGUUUUUUAGGUCAGGACAGGUCUUUAAAAAAGCUAAUGCGGUUUGGUCCCUAAAGUCCCCAAUCCUUCCAAGGUUGAGGAUUUCAGACCUAUUUCUUGUUGCAAUUCCAUCUGCAAAUGCAUUGCAAAAAUUUUGGCCAAAAGACUGCAAGUCGUUCUCCCACACCUUGUUGACCCCGUCCAAUCUGGAUUUGUUAAGGGCAGAAGGAUUGCAGAUAAUAUCUUUCUCACCCAGGAAUUUAUGAGAGGGGUAUUGUGGGAGGGUUCUGCCGAACAACGCCGAACAAUAUUAAGCACGUGCAAGGCGCAAAGGGUGUCACAUACAAACCCCCACAGAUCAUAGGGGUGGUCGGUGGACCCUUAAAGCAAAGGUAUGUAGGAACUGCCGAACAAAUGUGUUUGGCAAGUUGUUUGUUCCCCGAACAAGGAGCAAACCCUAUUGUCAAACUGCUCUAAGUGGCAAAGCGGCUAGAGCAUAGUUGUCAAAAGCGUGCCUAGGCGACAGGCAAGGCGAGGUGCACCUAUUGCGCCUUGAGUCACCCCAGGCGCAGCGAGUUGAACAAAGCGCAGCUUAGGUGCAGGAGGUGAGAAAACGCGACCAGGCGAGAGGCGCAAUAAAAGCAUGCUUCUUUCAAAAAUUGAUCACAACCCUAGGAUUUUAAAUCUUUUAAUCUCACCGUUAGAUUUGAACUAAAAGAUCACAAAAGGGAGGUCGUCUGGUCUUCGCCCUUUCAUUCCUCACUCGAUCUCUCACUGCCGAUCGACUCUCUGACCUCUUUCAGUUGAUCUGUUGCUGUAGGUAUAUAUGUAUAUAUGUAGGAGUAAUUAUUGGCUUCUUUGUAGGUAUAUAUGUAUAUAUGUAGGAGUAAUUAUUUUCGGAAAUAAUUAAUUAAAAUAUAUAAAAACAAGUUUGAAUUUUUGAAACUUAUUUAUGUAGUUUUUGAUAUGGACGAUGAUUAGUAAACUCGAUCCUCCUUAGGAUGAUUGAAAGUCAAAUUAGGAAAAGUACUUGCUUUAAUUUUAUUUCAUAUGUUGAUGCUUGUCUUUCGUUGGUUUUGACGUUUGAGUUUUUCUCUAUGCGAGAUCGGUGACUAUUUGACAUUUCAUGGAUGUUUUUAUGUAUCUUUUGUACGACUCGGAGAAAUGGGCCUCCGACUAUGUUGAGGUUCGGGGAAAUUUCCAAUUCCCUGAACUAGAGCAUGGACAUUUCGAAAUCGCCACGCGAAGGGGGACUCCGAACACUACCAAGAUCAACAAGAUUCUCUUAAGGGCGGCGAGGGGUUGUGGUCUUGCUGAUUCUCUCCUCACCAUUCCAGCGGAGGAAAGGGACGCACCAACAAUUCUCAGGUAUAAAGCUACAUACGGGGGUCGGAUCCGAAGAAAGGUAACCGACGAGCGUGAACAAGCCUCUGAAGUUGGUUCCGAGGACAUCCCAGAGGAGCUUCUUCCGAGCUUCGACAAACCUCUCCGAGGGACCAUCCGCUUACCCGCCGAAGAAGAACCUUUUCGAGAACAAGAAGAGAUGCCUCCGAGGAGUAUCAAAGCCGUUCUCCAGAAGAGAUUGGAGGAAAAGAAGAAGGAGAAGGCCGAGCUUCGAAAGGCUGGAGCCCCGGGUGCUUCGGGCUCCAUGUCAAGCAAGAAAACCCCACCCCCCCCACCCUCUAAAAAACGUCCUUUGAGUGCUCCUUCUUCUUCGAAGGAUACACUUGCGAGCAAAAAGACAAACACUUUGUUCUGUUAACAGUUUUGUUUUCAAUCAUUACCCUAUUUAUUUCUUCAAUCAUUAUCCUAUGUUUUCAAUUAUUUUUUUCUCAUCUCUUUCUAUCUCUCUCUAAUCAUUACCCCUAUCUUCAAUCAUUACUCUAUUUCUCUCUCCACCCACUACCAAAACUAAACUAAACCAAACUCCCAACCAAACACAACCAAAAGCACAUCCGAAGGGGAAGAGUCAGGAAGUUGAGCUAUCGAAGGGGACGCAGAGAGAGAGAGAGAGAGAAUAGAACUUGCUUCGGACCUCGACACCCCGUGGGUGCCUGAGGGAGGACCCCUCCUUGGCUUUUACUUUCCACUCUGGGCUGGCCUUACUGAGGAAUAUACAAAGCCCCCCAUCUCUGAAAGCAGCCUUGAGCGAGUAUUACUUUCAUGUUGGAAGA